CCUAAUACAUUCGAGCGCUGUUUUGUGUUGUGAAGUAAAAUUCAUUGUGGUUUGUGUUUACGUGGGAUAAAACCACAAAUGGCAUCAACUUUGUUGUCGCCGGUGGUUGAUUAUUACAAUGAUGAAGAAGAGCUCGACAGUGUGGAUGAGGAUGAUGACAGGAGCUUCAGGGGUAGAGACUCGGAAGAAGACACAGAAGAUGCCAGUGAGACAGACCUAGCAAAACACGAUGAAGAUGACUAUAUCGAAAUCAAAGAGCAGAUGUACCAAGACAAAUUGGCAUCACUCAAAAGACAGUUACAGCAGCUGCAGGAAGGCACGUUACAAGAGUAUCAGAAGCGAAUGAAGAAGUUAGAUCAACAGUACAAGGAGAGACUACGCAAUGCAGAUCUGUUCUUCCAACUUGAGACGGAGCAGGUGGAGAGGAACUACAUCAAGGAGAAGAAGGCGGCCGUGAAGGAGUUUGACGACAAGAAGGUGGAGCUGAAGGAGAACCUGAUAGCGGAGCUGGAGGAGAAGAAAAAGAUGAUCGAGAACGAGAAGCUCACCAUGGAGCUGACAGGCGAUUCUAUGGAAGUAAAGCCCAUUAUGACGCGUAAGCUCAGGAGACGGCCCAACGACCCGGUUCCCAUCCCCGACAAGAGGAGGAAACCGGCUCCUGCUCAGUUAAAUUAUCUGCUGACUGAAGAGCAGAUUAUGGAGGACCUGCGGACACUGAACAAGGUACUGACAAGAUUGAAAUCGCCAAAGAGACCUGCCUCCCCGUCGUCUCCUGAGCACCUGCCCACCACACCCAUGGAGGUGACGGCCCAGAGAUACGAGGCUCGCAUCGAGGAGGGCAAGCUCUACUACGACAAAAGAUGGUACCACAAAAGCCAAGCCAUCUAUCUGGAGUCAAAGGAGAACACCAAGAUCAGCUGUGUCAUCAGUUCCAUCGGCGCUAACGAGAUCUGGGUGAGAAAAACGAGCGACAGCACCAAGAUGCGAAUUUAUCUGGGCCAGCUACAGAGAGGGGCGUUUGUCAUCCGUCGGCGCUCCGCAGCAUAAAAGCCAUCAUUCGAAGGCCUCCCGUCCUCCCUCCCUCACUCCUUUCCACUCUUCUCUUUCUCAUUCACUUCAUCCCCGGUUCCCUCUAUCACCCUUGUUAAAUGCUCCCAUCCUUGUGUGUGUGUGUGAGUGUGUGCACGUGCAUGCGUGCGUGUGUGUGUGUGCGUGUGUGUGCGUGCCUGUGCGCGUGGGUGUGCGUGUGUGUGCCUGCGUGUGUGUGUGUGCCUGCGCGUGUGUGUGUGCCUGCGCGUGUGUGUGUGCCUGUGCGUGUCUGCGUGGGUGUGCGUGUGUGUGCUCAUGCAAGUGUGCGUACUGCACUGGCUCAACCCAUUUCAUCUCUCUGUAGCGUUCCUGUCCACCUCUCUCCUCUCCUCUCUGUAGCGUUUCUCUCCACCUCUCUCCUCUCCUCUCUGUAGUUUCUCUCCACCUCUCUCCUUUCCUCUCUGUGUGCCUGGGGUGCUCUUCAUCUGCCAAGUGACCUCUCUCUCAACCCGGACCAGCCCCAGCCCUGUGCAGUCGCAAAGCCAGGAAGGAAGUACGGCGGUACCAACGCGCUUUCACUGUCACCACCCUUUUCUUGUUCAUCUCUCUCUCUCUCUCUCUCUCUCUCUUUCUCUCUCUUUCUCUCUCUUACUUUCUUUCAAUACCCAUCAGUGUUCUAUUUUUGUUUUUCUGUGACUUUCUUACAAACCCAAUAUGAAAAAUGUACAGUACAACACAUAUUUUCCAAUCAUGUCAAGUUCUUUUUUUUCUUCAUUUGUUUUUUUUUCCCAUUUUGUAAAGAUGCGUUGAAAAGUUGAAAGAGAGUGGACAAUGGAGGGCUACGUGGCGGUAUGUAAUAUGUUGUAUAUAUUAUCCAAGUGUACAUGUGCCCAUGGAGACUGUCCAUGGUGUUUGUAUUGUUUUUCCGGCCUAGCGAUGCCAUGCCUUUUUGGAGCAGGGGUGUGUUUCUCGACAACAUCGUUGCUAACUAAGUUAGCGACUUACUUGGUUGCAAUGCAAUUUCCCAUUGGAAACCUGGUAAGUUGCUAACUGGUUAGCAACGAUGCUUUCGAGAAACGGGGUCCUGUUCUCCAAUGUUCUGAGCAGCAGCAUCACUCCAUCAUGGAUCUGGACAGUUUCAAAAGUGAUGUUUGUGUUUUUGUUGUUUCCAUUUAUUAAAGAAAUUUGACUUAA